AUGGGCCCUGUUUUGGCCCGCUACGGGUUCACGCCCGACAAGAAAGGAAGCACCGAACUCAGGGCGGUGAUCGCUGACCUGGCCAAUAAGAGCAAGGAGAUCAGGCUCAUGAAUACCGAGAUUCAGAAGCUUGUGAUCAGCAACUUCCCCGAUCUUCGUGGCGACAAGGUGUCGCUCCAGAAGUCGGGGACGCCAGGGAGCACCGCUGCCAGCACCGCCCCACCAUCAGCCGAUGAGGAGGAGCCUUCCGGAGAAUCACCGGUCAGCGAUGGUUCGAGGCCCGAAGACGUGGGAGUUUUUGGGAGCCAGGCCUGUCGGAACAUCCCGCGGAUAUCGGAAGUUAAAGGGAGCCUGAUGAUUAGCCUAGGUAAUAGUCUUGGAUGCUGA